AUGGAAAAAGCAUCCAACAACAACAACAACCCCACAAAACUCUCGAAAAUGCUUCAAAAAGCGUUAUCAAUUGGUCACAGUGCGGCGCCGUAUAGUCCGGUGAGAGAUUUCCACCACCACCACCGAACGGCGUCGACGGUGAACAGAGGUUUUUUCUUCUCUAGUCCAAUAACACCGUUGCUUCCAGCGGCGGUUAGAGCUAGGAGAAGAACCAAGAACGCCUCCGUCGUUUUGACCGAACCAACUUCGCCUAAAGUCUCCUGCAUCGGUCAGAUCAAACUCGCUAAGUCAACGAAAUGUCUGGAGAAGAAGAGCAGAGAAUAUAAGCCUCUAAAACCGACGUCGUCUUGUCUUGUUAAAGAAGCAGGUAGAGGAAACUGGUCGAAACUAUAA